UAAUGGAAACAUUAUGUCAGACCUUUAAGAUAUUUUUUUUAUCUGCAGACAGUGAGCUAAAAUCUAAAUAAAUUGUAAAGCAGUAAUCUUAAAGGAAGAAUAUGUGUCACAUAGAUGUCAAGACCGGCUACAGGAGAAAAGGAUUUCACAGCUUUUCACCUAGAAAGCCACCGUUGGUAAGCUCUCUUUACUGACCUGGGGAAUAUUAGGCUAAUCCUCAUGUUGUUGUCUCAGAGCAGGGAUUAACUUGAAAAACUUGCUGUAAUUUAGACCAGGCAUCUAGAGGCACAGGGGUCACAUAGCUUCUGUUUCUAAGUGCCUAUCGGGGAACGUUAAAAGAAGCGCUAAUGAAGACCCGGCAAUAACGUGAGGGCAAGCGGGGAAAUGCCAGCCCAGAAAAAACGAGGGGAAGCUGGAUGAGAGGGCACAGCGUCCUAAUCCAGAAGGAUCCUGUGAGUCAGCCUCAGAAUAAUCUGCCAGGCACAGGGAAUAUAAACAGUCACAGGCGAGGAGACCCAGGCCAGAUUCUGGAUCAUAUCCUCAAAUAAGAUAAAUUCAUUUCCUAUUUUCGCUUGUGCUGGGAUAUUAUUAAAAAGAAAGAACAAAACGGACUGCAGCUGAGCGACAUGGCGCUUCUGAAGUCAGGCUGGCUGUGGAGACAGACCGCCAUCCUGAAACGCUGGAAGCUAAACUGGUGCGACCUUUGGAUAGACGGGAGUCUCUGCUUCUACAAGAGCGACAGCCGGCGAGAAUUAGAGCAACGCGUUGGCCUCAAGUCCACGUGUAUCGACGUUCGGUCUGGCCUGGAAUGUGGAGGUGUGAUCCCACCAGAGGGUAAUCCCAGGGAGAACCUGGUGGGGAUUCAUCUCAGAGACGGCUCGACUCUCAACCUGUGUGCCAACAGUGAAGACGAGUCUCUAGCGUGGAAACUGACUCUGCUGGAAACCCGGAGAAACCCGGUGUUCACAUACGACCCCUAUGACGACUCCUACCAGGCCAUCCCCCUGAACGGCUACCACACGGUCUAUAUCACACCUGGAGCAGGACCAGGAACCCACCAGCUGAUUGUUCAGAGAGAUCCGUUUGACGGAGUGAUGGAGAGCGUUGCGCUGGGAUUACUGGCGGGGAUGGCAGCCGGGACCGCCAUGCGAUCCUUCCUCUGGAUGCCCUUCUUCUUCUGCUGAGAGGCCCCAGGAGCCACGGCACGGCUCCAAAGCCCGGACACCUGAUAUAAAACGUGCAGAAAAGCUUCUUCAUCACUGUUUGGCCUGCUUUUCCUCUCAGGUGCAGUUCUGGAUCUGAAUCUGUGAUGUUUGAGCUCAUUUAUUCAGGAAAUUGUAACCAGAUGUUUCUGAAACAAGCCAGUUUUCUAUUUAAUGGUGUUUUAUCUGCUGUUUCACAUUUUGCAAGCUUAAAAAAAUGUAGUCCAUCUGUCGCUCUGCAUUAGAGAAUAAAUUGCACACUUAAAAAAAAUGAAAA